AUGUCUGCCAUUUUCAGUUUUCAGAGCCUGUUGACUGUAACCUCGCUGCUUAUACAAACAUGUGCUUAUACCCAAUCCUUGGCACCCAGCAUCCUGGACAGAAAUAAGACUGGAUGGUUGGGGAUAUUUUGGAAAUGUGGCAGAAUUGGUGGACGAAAAAGUCCUUAUGUGUCUGUGUGCUGUGUAGUGACGGCCUUCAGCAUCCUUUUCAUACAGUGGCUUGGAAAAAGCGACCCUGGAAUUUCCAUCAGAUUUCACUAUGAACAAAGACUCGACUGUAGAAAUAAUGGAAAGAAUGGCUAA